AUGGGCGACGAGGAGAAGGAGACGCAGAAAAAGGGUUAGUUUUGGAAUGUUCGAAAUUUUCGACGAUCCUAACCUGCGAUUACAACUGAAAAUCAUAAUUUAAAAGAAUCCUCUUGCAGCGGCGUUUUCAAUGCCUCCGCCGCCGAAGCCGCUCUCCUUCGAAAUGCCGAAACCGCCCGUGCUCCAACCGAACGUCGCCGCCCUUCUCAACGCCAAAAAAGCGGUUCGGGAGGACCGCCCGAGUCCUACAAGCCGCUUGCGAAUCCGUUCGCGCCGAGACCCAGUUCUGUGUCGCCGGCGCCUCCGGCAGAACCGAAACCGACUGAAAAUGCUGAAGUUUUAAUCGAAAAGAAGGAGGAGAAGCCGUUGAACCGUCGACGUUGGAAACGGAAAUUCCGAUCACGCCUAUCGUGGAGGCCAAACAAAUCAGCUCUCCGGCCGUUCUAGAAGUCUCCAGCCACGCCGACACGACCAAAUCAGCGGGCGACGCAAACGUGUUCACGGAUAAAGUGGACUUGAGCGGAGGGCUGAUGAGUUGGCUGACGAAGACGGUCGCGGAGAGCAAACUGCUCAACGACGUGGCCGAGAGAGCGAAGGCGAGCGUCGAGACAGUCAUAACCACCCUCGAUCCGGGCAUGAAACCGUUUUUGGCCGAGCACGGAGUGGUCAGUUGAAGGGUCUCCAGCGGGGCUCUAACUUAGCUGUUAACAGGCCAAAAACCAAUGAAUUUCUUGUUUCAGAUCGAAUUCGCACUGUUCAACUGCGACUCGGACACGGUCGUCGUCGCGUCGGAUGCGUUCACAAAAGCGGGCGCGAUGGCCAUCUCGCGCAGUCUGCACUUUGACGAGACCGCCUAUCUCGCCAAUUUCCGCCCGCUCGUGCUCGGCGAGCAAAAGGCCCGCAGGCUGUGUGAGGCCAAGGCCGAGGCGGCGAAAAAGUCGAAAAAGGCGGUGGAAGAGGCGGCGAUUGUGGUGCUGCAGCCGUUUUUGCUCGAGAUUUCGGGACGGUUCUACGCGACGAACAAAAUCUUGCUCCGACAUGGCGCCAAUGAUUUCGACGCGAUUUCGCAGCUGCUGGAAGUGCCGCUGACUAUUGUCGAGGCGAUUCAAAGAGCAGCUAAAUCUGAGGGACUUCCGGAUGAAGAAUACUCGAUUUCGGUGUCACAGGCCAUCAAAAAUGUACUGGUUUUUAACCUGCAAUUCCAUCUAAUCAGUUUUUCCUGCUUCAGGUGUACAAAUCGUCGGUGAACUCGUGGGAACCGGGAAGUCUGGCACCGUACGACUCCAAAGAGCUUCUCUCCGUCGCCUUCUCCUCGUUGGCUCAACAAUUGUUGCGAAAUCUGGCUCCGGUCAACUAA